AUGCUAUCAAAUGGGAAGGAUCGAUUUGAUAUUGUGAUGGCAAAUAUCUACUCACCUGACACAAGCACCUUCAAGAUUCUCCAAGCAGCAGUUAAAAUGGAUUUGCUAGUGAUUUUGAUGUGCGAUCAUGACGAUGAUAUGAUGGCAAGAAGUGCUUUAGAACAAGGUGCCUUUCUUUUUCUCCAAAAACCAGUUAAAAUGGAGAAUGUAAAGUACCUAUGGCAACAUGUGUGGAGGAAGAAGAUAUGGAGACUUAAAGAACAUGGAGAUGUGACGGCGUUCAACAGAACGAGCAAUGGAUUUGGGACUGAAGAAGAAAUUCCAUUGGAAAAUGUUACGAGUGAUGACAACGACGUUUUUGAAAAUGGACGCAAAUCAAGAAAGAAAGUUAAAACUAAAAAGGUUUGGACAGAAUGGAAUCAAGAACUCCAUGACAAAUUUUUGGAUGCUGUCAUUCAACUUGGUGAAGGAAGAUGUUACCCAAAGGACAUCCUACAGCUCAUGAAUGUACCUGGUCUUACAAGAAUGCAGGUGGCCAGCCAUCUCCAGAAAUGUCGUAGUGGGAAUUGGAAACCAUGUGAAUGGAGAAAACGUCACUAUAGUGAUGUUGUGGCAUCGCCAGAGAUUGAGGCUAACAAGUCGAAACGAAAGAGAUUUGGGUCUAUGCCUAUUUUAACCGAACAUUUUGAACAGCAGCAUCUCCAAAGCGAGGAAAACAGUGAAAAAAUUCAUCCACAAACCUAUGAUUCAACAAAUAAUAAAGUCUUUGAUUAUAAUCCUCAACUUCCUGAGGUUAAAUCCAAGAAAGAUUCAAGUAGAUACACAUUUGCACAAGACAACGUUGCAGCACCCUACAUAGAACAGGUUGGAAGUAAUUUACAAGCAGUGCCUGGUGCUUUCAUGUCUAAUGAGCCAUUUCUGUUUGGUUUCAAUAGUGUUACCAGUGGAAACCUGCAAGCAUUUGAUAUUGAUCAACCUAAUGAGCCAGGUUAG